GAAAGACGUCUUCUGGAAAAAAAUGGUUCAAAUCAAGUUAUGGACAUGAGCGAACAAGGCCUUCCGUUUUCCCAUUUUCUUAGGCAAAGAGAGCAAGAGUUUUUGCAAGAUACUGGUUGUGUACCAAGGAAAUAUAACCCAAAACCAAUGGAGCAACCCUCUACAUAUAACAUACCUACMAACCCUGGAAGUAACAAAGUUUACAAAACSGACUACAACAGAAGAGCACGAAAUGUCAUAAGCAGCAGGAAAUACAGAAAAAAGCGCAAACUUCAGUACGCAGAACUUGAGCGUGACAACAAAUUGUUGCAAAACUCUAUCAACGAAGCAGAGAAAAUCCAUGCAGAGCUUAACCAAGCGUUCCGUAUGCUUAUACAACACGCGGAGCUUUGCAGUCACUGCUGCAAUGUAACUCUAUGCUUUGAGUAAAGAAGGUUAUUARAAAGAGAACGUUUGGUUUCCUGCAGGUUCACAAGUGGAACCGCUUCGAUUUGACAGUUGCAAUCAAAUUGCACCAUGUUUUUAUUUUUUMASUGGUACAAGCUAAAUUUAUGGUUGUCAAUGAAAUGUUCCUUGAAUUUAAAUGCGAUAUCAAUUAAAGGAAAUCAAAUAAUUAAAAAAGAAAA